AUGGUCCACAUUGAGAGGAGAUUAAGCGAGCUGUUUUCGGGCGGACCCGACAUGUUGGUGAGGUGCUUGUUCGAUUAAUACGCCUGGACUUGACGACAUUUCCGAACGCCCCAAAUACUCUUUGUAAUUAGUUCUUGACGACACUUCCUUGGUACUUUUGAGCUUGUAGUUUCUACAUACAGAGAGAAUACAGUUAAUCUAGGGGUUUCCUUAUGUGGAAAGGGGAUUUUUUAUAAAAAAUUCUUGUUUUCGCAUGGCACCUUCUGAGUCACACUUAUUGUCACAACUAUUUCCACUUUUAUUUUGAAGCAGAAUUUGACAUUUUGCUUCGAGUUUUGGAGGAUUUUGGAGAGCCCGGUUUCAGACGAGAUCAAAUUAAGCCGGAAAUUGUAAUCAGACAUUAUCUCAGAGAUACCAAGAAGACUGUUGGAUUUGAAGCGAUAGAAAUUUACUUCAAACUCAGCAGUCUGUCUCUGUGCUUCUCUGACACUAAAUUGGUGCAUAUUUUUAUUAUUUUCGACCUUUUUUUUAUGAUUUUUCGACCCAAAACUCAGUCCAAUGAUCUCGUUGAUUUUUCCUCAUUUUUGAUGAUUUAGAGCGAAUUAUUGUGAUUUUUUAGCGAUUUUAUGAUGUAAACUAGCUCAUAUCUUGAUGAAAAAACUUUUGAUUUUCAGGCGUGCACAUAUCCCACCACAUAUUCCCUCAUCUCACGCAGAAUUCUAGUCCAAUCCAUAUGAUCCAGUACAACUAAGCACUGAGCUUCAAGCCAACGCCUUUCUCUCUUUUUUUUUAACGAAAUGGACAGGGACGUGGAGCGGAGCUUUGCCGCGCUCCAACUCCAGGAAGAUCCGGGGCCUCGGCGUCGCCCCGUCCCCAUGCGGAGCCGCAUCCGCCGGCUGUCGGAUGUGCUGCGGGAACCGCAUGCAAACGGCGACGAUGCGGCUGCAAGACAUUCCCAGCGUCGGCCCAGCGGCCAAUUCAACGGGAUCCGGGAUAA